GCUCUCCCAGUUUAUUCUUGUGCGCACUCAACGGACCAAAGAAUGAGGCGAACAAUGGGCAGGACGAACAUUUGGAUUAAUUCUAUCUGAAUGCGAAACUUUUUUUUCGAAAAAUGAGCUGGCUGUUAGGUCGAUGGAUUAUUUUUUGUAUAACAGUCUGUGUGUGUGCGGGGGUGCAGGUGACGGUUCGGGAGAAGAGGCGUUUCGCCAUGCUCUUCCAGUCGGUGGUACUCGAGUGCCAGUACCAUACGCCUUCCUCCCAGACCCCUGUGGUGCAAUGGUGGUACAAAUCCUACUGCCGCGACCGCACACGAGACUCCUUCACUUUUCCCGAAAGCUUUGGGGUCCAGGGGCCCGAGUUGGGUGCCGCAGGCCACCUGGAGUGCUCCGACAGCAGCCGCACCGUCCGCAUCGUAGCGUCCGGCCAGGGAACCUCCAUGACGCUGGCUGAGCACUACAAGGGCCGAGACAUCGCCAUUGUCAACAAGGCGGACCUGCGGAUCGGGAAGCUGCAGUGGGGCGACAGCGGAGUGUACUUCUGUAAGAUCGUCAUCGCCGACGACCUGGAGGGGAAGAACGAGGGCCAGGUGGAGGUACUGGUGCUGGGUAGGACAGGUGUGCUGGACGAUCUCCUGCCAGAGUUUGAUGUGGAGAUUAUACCAGAGUGGACGUUUGUGGGAUCUGUAGUCCUGGGCAGUAUCUUGUUCCUUUUGUUGAUGGGGAUCUGCUGGUGUCAGUGCUGCCCUCACUCCUGCUGCUGCUACCUCCGCUGCUGCUGCUGCCCCGACACCUGCUGCUGCCCACGUCACCUCUAUGAGGCAGGGAAGAUGGCAAAGAGUGGCCAGCCCCCCCAGAUUGCUGUGUACCCCCCCUACUAUAUUCCUGGGGUCCCCACCAUGGUCCCCUUUGCCCCUCCGUCCCUCGCGGACCCUAAGAUGCUCUCCUUCCCCUCAGUGGAGAAGAACCUAGCUGGGGUACGCAGUGGCUAUCGUCUCCAGCCCAGUCACAGUCAGAACUCUAUGAAGGUUCUGUACUACGUGGAGAAGGAGCUGGGACAGUUUCCCUCUGCCAAGAUGGCUCCUCCACAAUCAGCCAGUAGCCUAUCAGAGCUCAGCUCUCUGCAUGAGGGAGGGGACACGGAUUUCCGGCAAACCUAUCGGACAGUCCAGAUGAAAGCUCUCCCGCCCAUCGCCGACCUAGAUGACCAAUCAGAACUCAUGGCAGCUCCCGUGCACAACAGUCGUCGACCCAGGCAUUACCGUGGCAACAACACGGAUGACGAACAAAACAGCAGGUGGAACCCUCGCUCUGUGCACCUGGAGAGGAAGACAUUGGGCACCAGGGGGCGUACCGGCUCUCUGGAUGAGUUGGAGGAGUUUUCUAUGUCCUACGGCCCCCGUGUCUGGAGGGGCGAGCCCCGAGACCAGGACACGGACUACGACCUGGCGCUACGGGUGCGAGAGCACUACCCUCCCUACUGGGACCACAGACCCCCUCGCCGUUUUCAUGGAGACCGGGACAACAACAGGCACCCCCGCUGCAGCCCCCCUCCCUCGCCGCAGAAGAAGAGGAGGGACACGUGGGAUGGCGAUCGCGAUCCCCCCCACCAGCACACCCAUGGGGAGAGGGGUUACGAUUACACUUUUCUCAAUGACCUAUUGGAGCAUAAGGCGAGGGGGAGGGCAGGGGAGAGGGGCGAGAGAGGAAAGGGGCGGGCUGACGAGGAUAGUGACACUCCUUCCAAGGCCAGUUCGAAGGGCAAGGGCAGUGAUGGUUUCUAUAGACAGUCAUCUAGCAACCGGCCCGAGGAUGAGGACUCUUUACCUCCGUACUCAGAGCAGAAGGUGGAAAGGUAUCAGACGAUCAACCCAACCGCUGAACGUAGCCGCACGGUCGAACCGCCCUCAGAACGGUACCGGUCCACUGACCCGUCCAUGCAACCGUUCUCCUACACCCGUCCCCCUAAAGGACUAGCACACACCGUACAGGGGUACCGAGAGGAUAGGGACAAGAACCGAAAUAUGACCCCUGCUCUGAGCAGAGACUCUCUCGUAGUUUGAUACACCAGAGAGAACCCAAGCCCGUGCCUGCACAGCACUGCACUGCCAAUAUUGAGAAUCACACGUCACUCACUUAAAACAUCAUGCAUCCCUUAAAAUAUCAUGCAUCAGCUUGGUAGAGACUAACUGCACAUCAGGCAUCAACCACAUGGAGAGAGGCGUACCCAAUAGAAGGCUUCUUUCCACAGAAGGAGUGGAAGGCACCUUGCAGGGAUCAUGAAAAGACAAUGGAAUGUGCAUUGUUUAUGCAUGAAUUGAGGAACAUUUGGAAAAUAUUAUUGUAUGUGUGUUAGGCGUGCACGCAUAUAUACCAUUUGAAUGGGUAUGUAUGGGUGCAGCGUGUGUGUAUGUGCACCGUUUGCCCAUAUUCAGGUUAAUCUGUCAUCUCAAACCAAGCAUUCUACAGAGCAGUCCCCCUCUCUCACCUACACAGCAUGGUUACAGUUCCCAUAAAGUUACCCUGACAACAAUGAUGCAAUUAGGGCUAUUUGUAUGUAUCGAUGGGUAUUAUUAGGUGUGGGGGAGAGUUGGGACAAGGGGUUAGAAUAAAGGUAGGUAAAGAAGUAAUCAAAGAAACUUAAUAGGAUCAUUAUGUGUGUAAAAGUGCUGGAUUGUCUCAGAAAUUAUCUAUAUUCACCAAUUGGUCAUUAUAAUUAUACCUCCAAUACCCCAUGCCAACAAUGUUAUCACGCUAUAGGAAACACAAAAUAGGUGUCAAUUGGGCCUAUAAAAUGGCAACUCAGGUUCACCUGUCUUCAUUGUGUGUGUGUGUGUCAUAUACUGUACCUACUGAGCUUGAAUUUGUAUUACAGAUUUGCAACUGAACUGUAAUGCUAUUCUGUAUUAGCCCACAGUAUUGAACUGUGGUUUGAAACUGCCAUUCAGCCAGAGCAGACAUUUGUGUUCCACUUGUUUGACAUGGAUGAUUUUGAUAAACACCUGUUGCAUAUCUUA